UUUUACAUUGUUUUUCAUUUUUUGUUACUUACACAAAAGUGUACAGUAGUAAAAUAUCUCAUGUUUGAAGUUUCACUGGAAUGUGAUGUUAUAUUUUAACACGGCCGUGCCAAAGCGUGUCAAUGGAGGUUGUACCUCGCGAUGCAGGUUUCGUCGAAUCGUAGAAGAAAAGAUUAUUUUAAAGUUUCUGCAAUGUUUGGAUGACUGAAAAAUUAUUUCUCAACACUUCAUAUAUUUUAUACUGCUAUUUGAGUAAGUUGUCAGUUAACGUUAUCAAAGAUGACAAUCAUGGAGUAUAUUCAGUCUCUGUCAAACAAUCCUUAUUUUGGAGCCGGCUUUGGUUUAUUUGGAAUUGGUGCUGGUGCGGCUAUGUUAAGAAAAGGCAUGCAAGUGGGAAUGAUAUUUUUCAGACGUCAUUACAUGAUUACGCUGGAAGUACCAUGCAGAGAUAAGAGUUACCAGUGGCUUUUACAAUGGAUUACGCACAAGGGUGCAAGAAAAACACAGCACCUUUCCGUAGAGACUAGCUUUGAGCAGAAGGAGACUGGUCAUGUUAAAACAAAAUAUGAUUUUAUACCAAGCAUUGGAACACAUUUCUUUAAGUAUAAUGGAAAUUGGAUAAAAGUAGAAAGAACCAGAGAGCAGCAGACAUUAGAUUUACAUAUGGGCGUCCCUUGGGAAACAGUGCAACUCACUGCUCUGGGAAGAGAUAAAACCAUAUAUUUUAAUAUUCUAGAAGAAGCCAGGCAGAUGGCUUUGAAAGAACAUGAAGGAAAAACUAUUAUGUACACUGCCUUGGGAAGCGAGUGGAGACCAUUUGGCCAUCCUAGGAAACGAAGGCCAUUGAAUUCUGUAAUUUUAGAUACUGGCAUUAGCAAUAGAAUAUUAAUGGAUUGUAAAGAAUUCAUAGAGAAUCCUGCGUGGUAUAGUGAUCGAGGUAUUCCAUAUCGAAGGGGGUACUUACUUCAUGGACCUCCAGGUUGUGGCAAAUCCUCUUAUAUCACUGCAUUAGCUGGUGAACUGGAACGUGGAAUUUGUGUAUUAAAUUUGUCUGAACGUGGUCUUACAGACGACAGAUUAAAUCAUUUAUUAGCAGUAGCACCUCAGCAGACCAUAAUCCUCCUAGAGGAUGUUGACGCUGCUUUCAGUAGUAGAGAAGAAAGUAAAGAAGUAAAAGCAGCUUACGAUGGUCUCAACAGGGUAACUUUUAGUGGACUAUUAAAUUGUUUAGACGGUGUUGCAUCCACUGAAGCACGUAUUUUAUUCAUGACCACUAAUUACCUGGAAAGAUUAGAUCCCGCCCUUGUCAGACCAGGCAGAGUAGACGUUAAGGAAUAUAUUGGCUGGUGCAGUCAAGCUCAAGUGGAACAAAUGUUCCUGAGAUUUUAUCAGAAGCCAGGAGAGACAGCAAAUGAUCUUGCUAAACAGUUCGCCGAAAGUGUUAUGUCUUACAAGAAAAACGUGAGUCCAGCACAAAUCCAAGGAUUUUUCAUGUUUCACAAAAACAAUCCAGAGGAAGUAUUAAACAAUGUAGCCCAGAUAUGGGAACUCACCUAAUAGAAAAUGUCCAGUGUAAUUGUAAAAUUAUAUACAACUCCUUGUCGCUGGUAUAACUUUUGUAACAUACCGUACCAUUGAAAAUGUAUGUCGACACUGCUGUAAAGAAUUUUGAUAGUUCUGCAGAAUAGAAUUGUAUUAUGCUAUAUGAUGUACAUCAGAUCUAAAUAUAAAACUUCGUAUUUAA